UUGAUAACAUUCGUAAGGCAUUACAAGACGUCUUAAAGAUCCAUGCUAUUUUCUUCUGGUCCGAUUCAACGGUUGCACUAAGCUGGAUAAGGAGUGUGUGUAAAGAGUACAAACAGUUUGUAGAAAAUAGAGUUCAGGAAAUUCGAAGAUUGACAGAUCCAAAGGAUUGGAGAUAUUGCCCAACAAAAGACAAUCCAGCAGAUAUUGCCUCAAGGGGAGAAUCAGUAUCGAAGCUCGCGGCGGAUGAUAAGUGGUGGUAUGGUCCUACCUUUUUACUAAAUCCCAAGGAUUCGUGGCCUGUACAGCCGUCGCACGGGGAAGAAAGCAAGAAUACGUGGCAAGAGUUGAAGACAUCCAAACAGACUGUGAUGGCGGCGGUCGUUCAUACUGAUGUACAACCAGAGCACAGUAUAGAGAACUUGCUAAAGCCUUCGAAGUAUAGUAAGUUAGAAACUUUACUUCGUGUAACAGCCUAUGUGCAGAGAUUCGUUGACAAUGUAAAACGAAGUUUGAAAGGUGAGGAAAUUUUGAAGGGUCUUCUAACUGCUGAAGAACUAGAGGUGGCAGAGAAAUCCUGGAUUAAGCAUGUGCAAGCUUCCUUAACAAAGCUGCCAAAAUAUAAUAAAAUGAAACGAUCUUUAAGCUUAUUUGUGGACGAUGAGCAACUUAUCCGUUGUCAUGGUCGAAUCGAAAAGUCAAAUCUACCCAACGAAACGAAGUUUCCUAGUGUUAUUACCCAGCGAUCAUGAUUUUACUAAUCUCGUAGUUCUGCAUUGUCACACUGAAGUUAUGCAUAAUGGCGUUCGAGAAACUGUAACUCAAGUUAGAUCGACAUAUUGGAUCGUAAGAGGGCGACAAGUAGUGAAGAAGAUUAUCGCUCGAUGUUUAACAUGUAAACGAUUAGAGGGCAAAUCUUACGGAGUGCCGCCAGCACCUCCCUUGCCAGAAUACCGUUUAGAUAACGACGUUGCCUUUUCAAGAGUAGGAGUUGACUAUGCUGGCCCAUUAUUCGUGAAGAACAUAUAUUCUAAGGACAGUAAAAUGUAUAAAGCGUACAUUGUACUCUACACAUGUGCGUCGAGUCGCGCAGUUCAUUUAGAUCUCGCCGUUGAUGCAACUAGUGAAACAUUUAUACGUAGUUUCAAGAGGUUUAUGAGUCGCAGAGGAAUACCAGGAACAAUGAUUUCAGACAAUGGCAAGACAUUUAAGUCGAAAGAAUUGAAAGAAUUUUGUACAAAAAAAAAAAUCAAGUGGGUACAUAUUGUUGCACGUUCCCCAUGGUGGGGAGGCUUCUAUGAACGUUUAGUUCGGUCAGUUAAAAGAUGUUUAAAGAAAGUUCUACGAACUGCCCGAUUGACUUACGAAGAAUUGCUCACGUUGUUGAUUCAAAUAGAAGGCGUGUUGAAUUCUCGUCCUCUCACUUACUUGUAUGAAGACAACGAUGAACCGUUAACCCCUUCGCACCUUGUACUAGGAAGGAGAGUACUUACUCCAGCGAAGAGCGUAAGUUCAGGUAUAUCAGACGAAGUUGACACCGCAGAAAGAGCAACACGACGCGAAAGACAUUUAAAAACUGUUUUAACGCACUUCUGGAAAAGGUGGAAACAAGAAUACUUAACUCAAUUGCGUGAAUAUCAUCGUCCUCGCGAAGCGAGGGGUCCAAGUGUUAACAAAGGUGAUGUUGUUGUCAUUGCAGAAGAUAACGUGAAACGUUUAAACUGGAAUAUUGGACAGAUCGAAAAGUUGUUAACGGGUCGCGAUGGAAAUACUCGAGCAGUCGUGGUGCGUACUAUCGGUAAAGACGGAAAGGUGACUACGUUGGAUCGGCCUAUUCAAAAGUUGUAUCCUUUAGAACUUAAAUUGGAACAGGAGCAUCCUGAAAACUUUCCAAUUACGUUUGUUAGGCAUGGACUUAAGGAAAACUGA